AUGAGAAAGAAAAUCCGAAAUUUCGCGCAUGGCUGGGUGCCGCCUGGCGAACCAAAGAGAAAGGUCGGAGAAGCAAAAGAGUCAAGCCGUCUUCCGGAUACCAUCACCUGUACCCUCCGCGAGAGCGAUCUGCCACGCGCAAGACUCCGCCAUUCUGCACCGCAACGCCUCGAGUCGGCAGCUCAUCACAAUGGGAUGGAUGUGACUAACAACCAGCAGGCAGCUCGGGGUGACGAUUGCUGUACUCAGUCGCGCCCCGAGCUUCAUUGCGUGUCUUGCAACGAAGUCCAGCCAAUCGAUGGGCUCGCCCACGCCCAGCGUCGAUAUGACCAGCUGAUUUGCCCUCCAUGCCAGAACAAUCCGCAGCUUGAUGAGCGAGACAAAGCUCCCGCCGGACAACUCCCGCGGGAUGUGGCCAAGCUGCCGUCGGAACAAGUCACAGGAGAGAAAUCCGGAUUCCCAAUCGCUGCUACCGAGACCAGCGGCAUGGCUGAACAUGGGACCAUGAAAGAGUUCAGUCUGGCAAAGAAAGAGGAGACAUCGAAGCCUCAGGGUCGAUAUGUCUGGAAGCGAGCUGAGGACUGGAUGCGACGCUCAGCUUCCAAUCCAAGCACCCAAAGCUGGUCCAAUGAUCAGCAUGGAGUGGAAGAUAUGUCCUUCGAUGAUCUUUUUGAAGAUGAGGAGGAUACGAAUAUGGCGUGGACAAGUUCCUAUUAGCAGUGAUUUGCCAACGUUCCGCUGUCCAUACGCGAUCGUCCGACAAAGACGGUGAUGGACACGAGUGGACAUCAUCAUCUGCGGAGGAUUAUGGUGCUGAGAAAAAAAGGUCUUUUGCAUUUCCUCUCUCAUUCGGCAGUCUCAUAUCUACAUAGGAGAUACGAAAUAUCAUGAACAUGAAUCAUUUUGCCUUUCGCGUGGUGGAGCCUAC